GUUCUAGUCUCUGUGGUGGCUCUCUCUGGCUCUCUGCUCUGUUCUAGCCUCUCUCUGGCUCUCUUUGACUCUCUCUGGCUCUCUCUGGCUCUCUCUGGCUCUCUUUGACUCUCUCUGGCUCUCUCUGGCUCUCUUUGACUCUCUCGGGCUCUCUCUGGCUCUCUGCUCUGUUCCACUCUUUCUCUCGCUGCAACUGAAGUCCUGAUUAGACGACUGUAACGUCCUGAUCACUGGACUCUCCAAACGAGAAACAGAACAGAACAUCCAGAACAUCCAGAACAUCCAGAACAUCCAGAACAUCCAGAACAUCCAGAACAUCCAGAACAUCCAGAACACUGCUGCUCGGUGUUUUUGAUCAUGGAGGUAAGCCCCGCCCCUCAGACCACAGAUGUUGACCUCACAGAUGACCUUGGACAGAGGCUGGAGGACAUCAUCAGCACUUAUCAGAGCCCUCCCUCAGAGCCCCCCACCCAAGGGCUUCCAGCUGAAGGGAAGGUGACGGCACCUCCACCCUCCCAGACCCCCUCAGAGCCCCCCGCAGACCAGGACGACUCAGAGGAGCUUGCACCCAUCAGCAGAAAAGGCCAGAAACCCGAGAAGAAGAUGCUCAAGAACCUGGGGAAAGAGGCCAUGCAGCUGAUGCAGAGUCUCAACAAACUGGAGACACCGGAGAAGAAGCUGGAGGCUGUGAUCAAGAAACACGCAGAACUGCUGGAGGAGCACCGCAGUGAUCAGAAACAGCUCAAGUUGCUGCAGAAGAAGCUCCUGCAAGUUCUGAAGGAGAAGGAGCAACUUCAGGGGGAGCACAGCCGCGCCGUGUUAGCACGAAGCAAACUGGAAGGACUGUGCCGCGAGCUACAGAGGCACAACAAGACACUGAAGGACGAGACGCUGCAGCGCUGCAGAGAGGACGACCUGAAGAGGAAGGAGAUCACCAGCCACUUCCAGGGAACGCUGUCGGAAAUCCAAGCCCAGAUCGAAGAACACAGCAGCCGGAACACCAAGCUCCUGCAGGAAAACGGCGCCUUAGCCGACAAACUGAAGGGGCUGAUCACGCAGUACGACGCCAGGGAGGCUAAUCUGGAGAAAGUUUUUAAGCACCGAGACUUAAAGGAGCAGCUCCUGGAGACGAAGCUGAGCCAGGCCAACCUCCUCCUGAAGGAGGCGGAGGACAAGCACAAGCUGGAGAGGGAGCUGCUUUUGACGCAGACGGCUGAGUGUAAGCUGCAGAUGAAAGCUCUGAAGGAGCAGGAGGGAGAGAUGAGAGCGCAGUUGGACAUGUACUCCAGGAAGUUUGACGAGUUUCAAGGCACCGUCUCCAAGAGCAACAGCGUCUACAGCGGCUUCAAGCAGGACAUGGACAAAAUGUCGAAGAAGAUGAAGAAGUUGGAGAAGGAGUGUCAGUCCUGGAAAAGUCGUUUUGACAACUGCAACAAGAACCUGAUGGAGAUGUUGACAGACAAAACUCUGAAGGACAAAGAGCUGGAGUUGAUCCUGUUGAAAAACCAAAAACUGGAGAACCUUUGUCGUGCUCUGCAGCAAGAGAGGAAAGGUCUCCUGGACAAGAACCAGACAGAACCAGACCAUCCAGAACUAAACCAGGACUCCUACGCCCAACCCAAGCCCACAGAGGAGCAGUGUGUUGGGGCAGAGCAGACCGCAGACUCCCCCUCUUCUCCUCCAGAGGCUUCAGCAGCACCAGCAGCACCAACACCAGCAGCACCAACAUCAGCAGCACCAACACCAGCAGCACCAACACCAGCAGCACCAACAUCAGCAGCACCAACACCAGCAGCACAAGCAGAACCAACACCAGCAGCACCAGCAGAACCAACACCAGCAGCACAACCAGAAUCAACCCAAAAGGAAACACCAAAAACCAAAGAACUGGCCCGACUCAAAGCUCAACAAGCAAGACUUCAAGAGAUCGCAAACUCUUUCACGAUUUCCCAUGUCAUCCCCAAAGAAUAUCUGAGAGACGACGAUGAGGAGGGCCAGGAGGAAGAGGGGGCACAGGCAGCAGCUGUACCCCAGAACGAGGCCUGUUCCUGGGGAGAGAAGGUGAACGGAGAUGCCCCUGUCCUGGAGGAUGAGGAGCAGCAGAGGAGCAGAGAUCUGGAGAUGGAGUCUGUGGAUUGAACCAG